AUGUCGUUCCCACCGCCCCUCAAGCUCAACGACGGUAAUGAGAUUCCACAGCUCGGAUACGGUCUUGGAACUGCCCGAUUCAAGCGCAAUGGAGGACCUCUAGAUGCCGACCUCAUUGAGCUCACCAGAAAAGCCAUUGAAAUCGGCUACCUCCACCUUGAUGGUGCCGAAGUCUAUGGAAACGAGGAGGAGCUCGGCGCUGCCAUCAAGGCCUCAGGCGUUCCCCGAGAGAAGCUUUUCGUCACAACCAAGAUCAGUGCCCUCGAGAAGAAGGACACCGAAAAAGCCUUCGCCCUCUCACUGAAGAAGCUUGGCCUGGACUACGUCGAUCUGUAUCUGAUCCACGGCCCUUACUUUGCCGAUACCGACGAGGAUUUGCAGGAGAAAUGGGCUGACCUGGAAGCCAUCCAGGCUUCCGGCCGGGCAAAGUCGAUUGGCGUCUCCAACUUCCUCCAGGAGCAUCUAGAGGCCAUCCUCAAGACGGCCAAGGUGGUGCCCGCGAUCAACCAGAUCGAGUACCACCCUUACCUCCAGCACGGCGAUCUCGUUGCGUUCCAUAAGAAGCACAACAUUGCCGUUGCCGCAUACGGCCCCUUGGUGCCCAUCACCACUGUCAAGGGCGGCCCAGCCGUGCCCGUCUACAACAAGCUGGCGGAGAAGUACGGCGUUACUGACUCUGAUGUCGGUCUCCGAUGGGUUCUCGAUCAGGGAAUUGUCACACUUACAACCAGCUCCAAGGAGUCGAGGUUGACCGGAUAUCUCGAGAGGUUGCCCAAGUUUAAGCUGACGGAUGAGGAGGUGGCGGAGAUUUCGACGGAGGGAAACAAGAAACACUACCGGGCAUUUUGGAAAAACAAGUUUGCCGAGGACGACAGAAGGUAG